AUACUGGGCAAAGUCACUCUGAACUUUUCUGCCCUAAAAGAGAUAAAGAAAGAAAGAGAAAGAGCAAUUCCCACUUUCUGAGGAAAACCAGGGCAAGAAAAAGAGGGGAAAAAAGAGCUGAAAAUGAUGCAGUAGCAGCAUUGAAGACGAGCUGAGCUGGUUUCAUCUUUUGCCUUUUAUCCUCAAAAGUUGAAGAAGAAGGAAGAAGGAAGAAGGAGAAAAAAGAAGAAAUGGGUAUUAACUAAGGAUGCCGCGUGUGAAGUUAGUUCUCUAUUGAUUUUAGAACGAAAAUGGAAAUCUCUAGAAGCUGUUGAUCGAUCGAGAGAAUGGUCUCAAAACUGGUUGAAAAAGGGUUCUUCAAGUUGGAAGCAUUAAAGAAAUGGAAAAUGAAUCUUGGAUGGGAUUACAUAUUUUUAAAUUGAUAAACACAGGAAAAAGAUGGGUGUGUCUGAUUUUUGACUAUUAAUUUACUCUCACUCAAUCUGUCUGUUGGCCAUGUCUCCUACCCUAGGUCACUCACUGUGCUUUGCAGUUGACCAAAUGAAUCACUUCAUCUCCUUCUUCUCUUAAACCCCAUUCAUUCAAACUCAACAACACUCUUUCAUUCAUUCUUGGGGAAAAUAAAAACCCUCCCCUCCCCCCUGCCCCCCUUCAAUUUCUCAAUAGAAUCUUUAAGAGAUUGUUUCUGUCUACAUUCUCAAACUGUAUAUAUCCCUUUCUCAGAUCUACUCUCUUUCAGCUUUCAACUGUACAAAUAAAUCUGCUGGUCUUCUUCUUCUUCUUGUUUAUUCUGGGCUGUCUGUUCUUUAGACAAGAUGAAGUUUAUGAAGCUGGGGUCAAAGACAGAUUUGUUCCAAACUGAAGGGAACAACAAUGUCAGGUAUGUAGCAACCGAAUUGGGGAGCGAUGUUGUUAUUAACGUAGGGGAUAUGAAGUUCUACCUUCACAAGUUUCCACUUCUAUCGAAGAGUUCUCGUUUGCAGAAAUUGGUUUCAACAGCAAAUGAUGUUGAUAUACACGACAUUCCUGGAGGACACACGGCAUUCGAAAUCUGUGCCAAAUUCUGCUACGGAAUGAUCGUCACUCUCAAUGCUCACAACGUCAUAGCUGUUCGUUGCGCGGCUGAAUACUUGGAAAUGCACGAAGCUGUCGAAAAGGGUAAUCUGGUUUACAAAAUCGAUGUUUUCCUAGGCUCUAGUAUCUUCCGAACCUGGAAGGAUUCAAUUAUCGCUCUUCAAACGACUACGUCUCUGUUACCAUGGUCCGAUGAUCUAAAGUUAGUCGACCUCUGUACCGACGCUAUAGCCUCAAAGGCUUCGGUUAAUCUUUCGAAAGUUGAUUGGUCGUAUACCUAUAACCGGAAAAAGCUCUUCGACGAAAAUAAUAAUAAUAACGGCAUGAGAAUCCGUUCGGUGCCCAACGAUUGGUGGGCGGAGGACUUAUGCGAGCUUAAUCUCGAUUUGUUCAAACAGGUUAUCGCUAAAAUUCAAAGCAAAGCGAUUGUGUCGGGUGAAACCGUCGGCGAAGCCUUGAAGGCCUACUGUUCGAGGAACUUUCCCGGGCUAAGCAAGGGAGUGAUCGAACGCGACGAUGUUAAGAAAUACCGAGCUGCUUUAGAAAUCCUCGUGGAGCUCUUGCCCUCAGAGAAAGGAGACAUUCCUUGUAAAUUCCUGCUCAAACUUUUGAAGACGUCUAAUGCAGUCGAUUGUGGAGAAACAAUAAGAGAAGAGCUGGUUAAAAGAAUCGGCCGCCAAUUGGAGGAAGCUUCCGUUGCUGAUCUUAUGAUAAGAUCAUAUCCCGAGGGGGGAGUCUCGAAAUAUGACGUUUCCAUUGUUCGUAAAAUCCUCGGGGAGUUUAUGAUGCAAGAUCAGGAAAACGAGUCGGGAAUUCUAUCUGAAGCUUCAAAGCUAAUGGUGGCAAAGCUAAUCGACGGUUACUUAGCCGAAAUAGCCAAGGAUCAAAAUUUAACCGUUUCGACUUUCAUCGAGCUAGCAGAGAUGGUCUCUGGUUUCUCGAGGCCAGGCCACGACGGAAUCUAUCGAGCAAUCGACAUGUACCUUAAGGAGCACACUGGUAUUAGCAAGAGUGAUAGGAAGAAAAUAUGCCGGCUUAUGGAUUGCAAGAAGCUCUCGGUUGAAGCUUGCAUGCAUGCAGUUCAAAACGAGAGGCUUCCGAUGAGGGUAGUUGUGCAAGUCCUGUUUUUCGAGCAAGUUAGGGCAGCUGCCACAUCGGGUAGUAGCACGCCCGAUCUGCCCAAGAGUAUACGCGAUCUAAACAAUAGCGGGACCCACGGGAGUGCGAGGUCGGUGACUACAAAUGCCGACGAGGAUUGGGAUGCUUUGGCGACGGUUGAGGAGUUAAAGGCAUUGAAGGCUGAGGUGGCGGCCCUAAGGAUCGGUGCGAAUAUUGGGAGAAGUGAGGUUUUAACGAAGCACGGUUCGGUUGGGAAGAUGAAAGGCGUGAUGUUGUCGAAAAGGAUGUUUUCGAAAAUUUGGUCGAACAAGGGAGGAGGUGGUGGUGGUGGUGGAGGGGAUAACAAUAGCGGUUCGGACUCGUCGGAUGGUUCUGGUAAUGCGGACGAAGCUAAAUGUACGCCUUCCAGGAACUGGAGGCAUUCAGUGUCUUAACCACAAUGAACCAUCGACUUAAUAUUUAUGCUAUCUUAUCUUGAUAUAAUAAUUAGAUCGGAUCAUGAUAUUUUAUGUAUCGUUUUUUUUUUUUAAUGACCAAAGGGGGACUCAGUAUGCAACAACUAUGGCUCAUACGGAUCGGUUCUGGCUAAAUAAAAAAUAUUUUAGUCCUUAGUAGUUUUGUUCAGGAAAUGCCAGAUAUAUAUGUUAUUGAUGUAAAAUUACCAUAUUACCCCUUGGAUAUAGGUUGUUGAUUCAAUAAUUUAGCUAUCUGGAAUAUGUUUUUUUU